GUGUCAAAAAAGUGCCGGUAAUCAUUUUCAGACAUUUCCAAAACACAUUCAGUCGAAGUAACUAAGUAAAGCGCUACAACUAAAUAAAAUUUUCUUGAAAACAAAAUGUCGACCUGGACACCAUUGGAAUCCAACCCAGAGGUACUGACCAAAUACAUACACAAGCUGGGUGUGUCGCCAUCCUGGUCAAUCACUGACGUCAUCGGCCUGGAUGAGGAGUUAUUGGCAAUGCUGCCCCAGCCCGUGAAGGCUCUUAUUUUGCUGUUCCCCAUCAGCGAUGCAUAUGAAAAGCACCGUGCCGAGGAGCAUGAGCGCAUCAAGUCGGCAGCUGAACCUCUGAAGACCCCAGCUGAUCUCUUUUAUAUGCGUCAAUUUACACACAAUGCCUGCGGCACCGUUGCCCUCAUCCACAGCGUGGCCAACAACAAGGAUAUUGACAUUGGCGAUGGCGUCCUAAAGAACUUUUUGAAGAGCUGCGCCAAUAUGUCGCCCGAUGAGCGCGGUCAGGCUUUGGAGAAGGACAAGGCCUUCACCGAGGAUCAUCAAAUGUUGGCGCAGGAGGGCCAAACCGAUGCUGGCAACUACGACACGGUCAUCCAUCACUUCAUUUCACUCGUCAAUAUCGACAACACACUCUAUGAGCUAGAUGGACGCAAGUCGUAUCCCAUCAAUCACGGCAAGACCUCGGAUGAGACAUUCUUGCCAGAUGCUGCUAGGGUCUGCAAGGAGUUCAUGGCCCGUGAUCCGGAUGACAUGCGCUUCACUGUCUUGGCUCUAACUGCUACGCAGGAAUAGAGCGCAAGGGAGAGAGGGAGUCUCAUCAAAUAUUUAUAUAUGAUCUCCGAUCAAAUACAUGAACCAUACAUAACUAAACCUAUUUUAACCCUUUGUAAGGCCACGCAGUAAAACCUCUGCUGGUCAUGUUUGCUGGCCAUAAACAAAAUUUAUAUAUAUUAUAUGAUCUCUGAUCGAAUACAUAACAUAUUCAUAUUCUAACCCAUUUGUAAGGCCAAGCAAGAGAAGCUCUGCUGGUUAUUAAAACAAAAUUUUGUCAUGCAUAUUUAACCAAAAAUGUAUUUGAAAUAUUUGUGAAACCUUUAAUUAGGCCUGGCCUUGUUAUUAAACGAAAAACCAAACUUUA